CGCAAUUUGCUAUUCCUCUGCUUAAAAACUAGGGUUAGGCUACGAUUCUGUUUACACCAAAAAAGCUUUUCGUCAUCGCCGUUUGGCUUUCUGAAACAAAUCACACCGUUUAAGAUUUUCUCUGAUUCUGAGAUUAUGGAGAUGGAGCGUGUGCAUGAAUUCCCUCAUACUCACAUGGAUCGUCGUCCCAGAAAGAGAGCGCGUCUCGGUUGGGAUGUGUUGCCUCAGGCAACCAAGGUAUAAAUUCUCUUCACCUCGUUAUUUAUGAUUCCAAUUUGAGUUUUUGUGUUUGAUUCCUUUGAAAAUUUGAUUUUUAUUUAAAAUUUAGGAUCGGUUUAAUUUUUGUGUUGAUUCUUCUGGAUCUGCAGUUUUCUCAAUGUUUUUGUUUUUGUCAAUUAUUCAAUUUGAAGAAACCAAAUUCUGUAUGAUUAGGUGAAGUUUGUGAUUGAAUUAGGUGGUGUUUUAGAUCUAUUUAAAUUUGGUCUGUCCUUGAAAUAUUUUAGAUGUUCAGUGUUGUUAGGUUCAAUUUCUGUGGUAUGUUUUGUUUUUAGUAUUUGUUUGUAGAUGGUGAACCAAAUUUGAUCUGAUGCAUGAUUUGUGAAUUUUGAGCUGAGCAAGAUUUUGUGUUGGCUGAUUCGCCUUUCCCUCUCCAAUUCUAUAAGUUAAAGAUAAUCGUGACUUCGUGAUUUUUUCUGAAGAACAAUAGAUAAUAGAUGCACGUUGAAUACAAAAAAAGUUGUUUGGAUUUGGAUUUACCCUUAAGGUUUUAAGAUAGUAAAUGACUCUGAACGAGUCGGCGUAGAAGGAUAGUGGCAGGUUUUCAUCUGUCUGUUAUGGUACAUGAAUAUGUGUAGGCUCAGGUAGGAAUGUUUUGUGGGCAAGAGAUUGGAAAUAUAUCAAGCUUUGCAUCUUCCGGAGCUCCUUCAGACAAUAGUAGCUCUCUUUGUGUUAAGGGUGUGGCUCGAAAUGGUUCUCCCCCAUGGCGAGAAGAUGAUAAGGAUGGACAUUACAUAUUUGAACUGGGAGAUGACUUAACUCCACGCUGUAAUCCCACUUUUCUAUUACCAAAAAACUGUUUUGAUAAAAUCCUGAAGAUACCUUUUAAAUUUCUCUAGAUUUUUUUGUCAAUGGCUUUGAACAAACUCUAGGUGUUGUGGUGGACCUUGUGUAUAUUGUUUUGAUUUCAGUAUUCUGAUUUCUCUAUGCUCUUCUUGUUUUGCAGAUAAAAUUUAUAGCAAAAUGGGGGAAGGUACUUUUGGUCAAGUGCUAGAAUGUUGGGAUAGGGAGAGGAAGGAAAUGGUGGCAGUAAAAAUUGUCCGUGGUGUGAAGAAAUACCGUGAGGCUGCUAUGAUUGAAAUUGAAAUGCUGCAACAGCUUGGUAAACAUGACAAAGGUGGCAAUCGUUGUGUACAAAUUCGGAACUGGUUUGACUAUCGUAACCAUAUCUGUAUUGUAUUUGAGAAGCUUGGAUCGAGUUUAUACGAUUUUCUUCGGAAAAACAAUUAUCGCUCCUUUCCCAUUGAUCUUGUCCGUGAGAUUGGCUGGCAACUCUUGGAAUGUGUAGCAUUUAUGCAUGACUUGCGCAUGAUUCAUACGGACCUUAAACCAGAAAAUAUUCUGUUAGUCUCCUCAGACUAUGUGAAGAUUCCCGAGUACAAGGGGUCCCGAUUACAAAGGGAUGUAUGCUAUAAAAGAGUGCCUAAAUCAAGUGCAAUAAAGGUGAUUGAUUUUGGUAGCACAACUUAUGAGCGCCAGGACCAAACCUACAUUGUAUCAACCAGACAUUAUAGGGCACCAGAAGUCAUUUUAGGUCUUGGCUGGAGUUAUCCGUGUGAUGUUUGGAGCGUUGGAUGUAUCAUAGUGGAGUUGUGCACGGGUGAAGCAUUGUUCCAAACACAUGAAAACCUGGAGCAUCUAGCGAUGAUGGAGCGUGUUCUUGGGCCGUUUCCUCAACAAAUGCUGAAGAAAGUGGAGUGAGUUGAAUAAAACACACGGUCUGAAUUCUGAAGUGAUUGUAUAUAUUGUUGGGUGUUUAACUGGAUUUAUUUUUGGGUUGUUUGGUAAAGCCGGCACUCAGAGAAAUAUGUGAGAAGAGGUCGUUUGGAUUGGCCAGAUGGGGCAACCUCAAGAGAUAGCCUGAAGGCAGUAUUGAAGCUUCCUCGGCUUCAGAAUUUAAUAAUGCAACAUGUGGACCACUCAGCCGGGGAGUUAAUAAAUAUGGUGCAAGGACUUCUGCGAUUUGAUCCGUCAGAGAGAAUAACCGCUCGUGAAGCUCUGAGGCAUCCGUUUUUCGCAAGGAGAAGAUAGCGGGACUUGAAUUUGACGAGUGUAAAUAGGGAUGAAAUAUGUAUGAUUUGUAGCAAGUCUUUACCCCACAACCCCACGAAUUCUGAUAUAAAUUAACAAAUAUGCUAAGAUCACUCUUUUUUUAACCGUGAUAGGCGAUUGUUUGUCUAUCUUUGUAAACUGGAUCGUUUCAAUUCAAAAGAGUUUUAGUUUUGGAUUC